GCAUCACGGACCCGUGUGAGGGCGCGAACAUCCGUGUGCACACGGCGAUGUCGCUGGAGCAGCAGGACGUGGUGUGCCUCACGGCACAGACGCUGCUAAGGGCCCUGGCCCACGGCGGCUACAAGCAGGUCCUGGGCCUCGAGGGUAACUCCAGCAUCGCGACGGAGAUGUCCGUGUGGGACGGCGUCGUGGUGUCCGCUCUCGACAGGGCCUACGAGCGCCCCCCUGACCGCCCCCUGGACGACGAGGACGACAUGGACGGCGACGAGGACGGCAUGGACGGUGCCGACUAGACGACGAGGACGGCAUGGACGGCGCCGACUAGACGACGAGGACGGCAUGGACGGAGACGACGAG